AUGAUCAAGUUAGCGAAUUUUUUAUUUUUGUUACUAAUUGUUGGAGGAAAAAGUGCGCAAGAUAACGCGGUUUUGAACUGUCUUGUUGAUCAAGACAGCCUCGGGUGUGUCAAAAAUUUAACAGACGCCACUUUGGAUGCCAUUGAACUGAAAGUUACUGGCACCAAGGACAAUGUCACUUUCAGCAAAGUUAUGGAAAGGACAAGUGGUUUUAUUGUUCAUGAAAUUAGUAAUCUUUUUGAUGAUAAUACAAGAGAAGGAAGAAAAAUAAAAAUUGGCAAGAAGAAAAAGAAGCUUUUGCACAAACUUCUUCCCUUGUUCCAUUUAUUCCAAGCGAAGAUAAGCCUGAUUCUCCAACUGAUCUCGACUCACUUUCAGUUCAAGUUUUUCGCUAUCGCGGUAGUGGGCUUGAUAAUUAAUUUUGUCCGGCUGUGGAUCGACUUGAAAAAGGGCCAUCAUCCUUCUAAGGUGAUUUAUUACGAGCACGCUCAGCACCAGCACCACUACGAGCCGGAGGAGGACCACGGGAGUUACUGGAGGAAAAAAAGGUCGCUCGACCAAAACCAUAGAGACCCAAACCAGCUGGCAUACCGAGCCUGGACCAGAUAG